UUUUUCGAGGCUUCUUCUUGUUUGCUAGGCAAGAGAAGUCUUCUUGGGGUAACCGAAACCCGACCGGCUGGCGGCGAGUAGAACCACCUUUUUUCCAACAAUGUUCUGUGCGUGUUGCGGGUGCGCCACGUCCGCCACGCAUUGCCAGAAGUUUCGAGUUCGAUAGACAGUGCAUCGUUUCUUGGCCCAUCCACCGUUUUUCUUUUUCCGUACUUCGGAAGAAAACAAGGUGAGCAGGGGUGUUUUGAACCCGUGUCUCUUGCAACCAAUAGCAGACACCUCACAUCUAUUGUCGACGCCAUUGUGGAAAAGAGGGUUUCGUCCUCGACAGACGUUGGGGAGUUUCAUCCGUUAUGAAGGUGAAAAGCUCAUACAAGCUGAGCGCCGAGGCGAAGAAGCCCGCCCUCAAGAAGGUCGUGAAAAAGAAGGUGGUGAAAAAGGUCGUCAAGAAGAAGGUGCCGAAGAAGGUGGCCAAGAAGCCCGCUGUGAAGAAGACCACGACGAAGAAGCCCGCCGCCAAGAAGGUCACCACCACCAAGAAGACCGUCACCAAGAAGAAGCCCACCAUCGCCAAGAAGCCCGCGGCUAAGAAGACCACCACCAAGAAGAAGCCCUCCACCCCCAAGAAGGCCUAA